AUGGGACGAGGUGGAGGUCGCGGCGGUGGUCGCAAAGCAUUCCGCGGCAAGGGCAAAGGUCGCGGCGGUGGCGGUGGUGGUGGUGGAGGACGUGAUACUCGCUCAGAGCCAUGGUCCACCAUCGAGCGCAAGAAUGAGCUCUUCGAGAGCUACUACAAAAUGGGAGGCUUCUUGGAAGAAGCAGAGUUCGAGGAGAUGUGGAAGGCGCUCCAAACCGACCUGCCCAACAGUUUUCGCUUUACUGGCACCAAGUCCGAUGCUCUCGCAGUGCGCGAAAUCUUUAAGCAGCGCUAUGUCCCCGCUAUCGCAUCCACGCGCUUCGAAGGCAAGCCAGUGUCGCCUCCCGAGGCUGUGGAGGCCUUCCCUGACGAGCUCGUGUGGCACAUGAAGACGCACAAGAAGGUCAUUCGACGACAUGCGCCCUUUGCCGAUUUCCAGAAAUUCCUCGUCGCCGAAGCGGCAUCAGGAAACAUCAGCAGACAGGAAGUUGUCAGUAUGAUCCCGCCACAUUUCCUCGAUGUGAAGCCAGGAAUGGUGGUCCUCGAUAUGUGCGCAGCACCGGGAAGCAAGUCGGCGCAGUUGGCUGAGAUGAUCCACGGAGACGAAGAGGAGCGCGUACAGCGGGUAGCGAACGGCGAAUCGGUUGACCUUACCCAAGACGGUGACUACAGCGACGGCGGACGUUCAACAGGUCUCCUCAUUGCGAACGACUCUGACUACAAGCGUGCCGGCAUGUUGGUCCACCAAGUCAAACGUCUCAACUUCCCCAACCUCAUUGUCACGCAACACGACGCCUCAAUUUUCCCUUCGAUCGAACUACCCAGCGACGGCAACAAGAAGCAGUACCUGAAGUACGACAGGAUAUUGGCUGAUGUGCCCUGCUCUGGUGACGGCACAGCCCGUAAGAACCCGAACGUAUGGCAGAAGUGGAGCCCCAGGGAUGGUCUUGGCCUACAUGGUCUCCAGUUACGCAUCCUGUUCCGAGGUCUUCAGAUGCUGAAGAAGGGUGGCCGUAUGGUUUACUCUACUUGCAGUCUGAACCCUGUCGAGAACGAAGCUGUCGUUGCAGCAGCUAUUGAGGCUUGCGGAGGAAACUCCAAGGUCCGACUAGUAGACUGCUCAGAUCAUCUGCCAAACCUAAAGCGAAAGCCGGGUCUCAACUCGUGGAAGGUGCUCGACACAUCCUCAGUAACCGCUGCAGGAGAGAAGACUGCUCAUAUGUUCACCAACUGGGAGGCAUACCAGAAGGCAAGGGCCAAGUACGAGGCCGAGGAGCCAGAACGCCAGUUCUCCACCAAGGUCACUCCCGGAUGUUUCCCGCCUGUGCCAACGUCCGAAGAGGAGCGCAUCCCUCUCGAACACUGCAUCCGUGUCUACCCACAUUUGCAAGACACUGGCGGUUUCUUCAUUGCCAUUCUUGAGAAGCUGGACGACAUCAAGAUUGCGCAAGUACAGAACCCAGAGAACGCAGCCAAGGCCCAAAGGUCACACGACAUUGCUGAGACGACUACCGACUCCUCGAUCCCAACCCCUGAUGAGAAUGUGGUCGAGGCAGACGCUACUAAAGGGGAGUCUGCGGAUGCCUCUGAUGCGGCUCCGUUGAAGCGUAAGCUGGAGGAGUCUGAAGACGCUGAAGCGCCCAAGAAGGCCAAGACCGAGGAAGCAGCAGCAACACCAGACGCCAAACCCGCAACUAACGGCUCGGCUGCCCGUUUGAAGCCAGAGAACCAGUCCCAAGCCAAGGAGUACUUUGAGUACCUUCCCUCUGAUGACCCAACCAUCGCCAACAUCAUGGACUUUUUCGGCAUCGACGAUCGCUUCCCACGCGACCGCUUCAUGGUCAAGAACAAGGAGGGUCUUUCCCUCAACAAGAUCUACUACACCUCCGACCUUGCAAAGAUCAUUCUUUCUCUGAACAAGGACCGUGGCAUGAAGUUCAUACAUUGCGGUGUUGUGAUGUUCGUUUCGCACAAGAUUAAGGACCAGGACCGUACUCAAGCGCCAUGGAGGCUGCAGAAUGAGGGUAUCCGUAUUCUUGAGCCAUGGGCUAAGAAGCGGAUAGUCAAGCUGGAGAAGAAGGAGACAUUGCACCAACUCAUCCGAGAGAUGUUCCCCAAGCUGCCAAAGGAGGGCGACACCGGUCUGGGUGAGGUCGGCGAGCAGCUCCAGCCAAUGGACGUCGGUUGCUGCUUUAUCCGUGUUGAGAAGGAUGAAGAGCAGGGCAUCCCAUUCCGCAUGGUACUGCCACUCUGGAGACAUCCUGGCAGCGCCAACCUCAUGGUCGACAAGGACGACCGCAAGGCCAUGUUGCUUCGGUUGUUCAAUGAGAAGGAUACUGAGAUUAUCAACCACGUCGCGGACAAGGCCAAGGCGGAGCAGAAGGCUCUCGAAGCUGAGGAAGCGGCUGAAGACGGUGUCAGUGAUGGCGAGCAAGCCACCGAGGCCAUGGUGGCUGAAGAAGAAGAGGGAGUUGCGAAAGUCGAUGAGGAGGACGUGAAGAUGGAAGAGGGUGCCUAG